AUUCUUUUUCUCGAGAAUUAGCGUUCGUUUGAGGUCAUAAUUCUUCUCCUGGUUCUUCUUCCCCCACUUUGAACUGAUCUUGGAAAUAGGGUUCUCUGAAGCCUCAAGGAGAGCUUGAGCUAGAUAGAACCUUCAGGAUGACGACCAUGGAGAGCUUGAUUGGGUUGGUGAACCGUAUCCAGAAGGCCUGUACUGUGCUCGGUGACUAUGGAGGUGGUGAUAACACGUUUUCUUCUCUCUGGGAGGCUCUUCCUUCCGUUGCUGUCGUCGGUGGUCAGAGUUCCGGGAAGUCUUCCGUUUUGGAGAGUAUUGUUGGUCGUGACUUCCUUCCCAGAGGGGAUUGUGACGAGACGUCCUUUGGUGCUGCAGCUUCAUAAGACGGACGAAGGAUCGCAAGAAUAUGCCGAAUUCCUUCACCUGCCAAGGAGAAAGUUCUCCGACUUUUCCCUGGUUCGCAAGGAAAUUCAGGAUGAAACUGACAGAGUCACUGGAAAGAGCAAACAAAUAUCUCCUAUUCCGAUUCAUCUUAGCAUCUAUUCUCCAAAUGUUGUCAACCUAACCUUGAUUGAUUUACCGGGUUUGACCAAAGUUGCUGUAGAAGGACAGCCAGAUACUAUUGUUGAAGACAUUGAAAUGAUGGUUAGAUCUUAUGUUGAGAAGCCUAAUUGCAUUAUACUAGCAAUAUCUCCAGCCAAUCAAGACAUAGCAACUUCUGAUGCUAUUAAACUUUCCAGGGAAGUGGAUCCCACAGGUGAACGGACAUUUGGGGUGCUGACAAAAUUGGAUCUGAUGGAUAAAGGAACAAAUGCAUUGGAAGUCCUAGAAGGAAGAUCUUACCGAUUGCAACAUCCUUGGGUUGGUAUUGUGAAUCGAUCCCAAGCAGAUAUCAAUAAAAAUGUUGAUAUGAUUGCUGCUAGACGCAAGGAGCGUGAGUACUUUGCCACCAGUCCUGACUAUGGGCACUUGGCCAGUAAAAUGGGUUCAGAGUACCUUGCAAAACUUCUAUCACAGCAAUUGGAGUCGGCAAUCAGGGCACGGAUACCUAGUAUAACAUCUCUGAUAAACAAAAGCAUUGACGAACUUGAGUCAGAGAUGGAUCAUCUUGGGAGACCUAUUGCGCUUGAUGCUGGGGCUCAAUUAUACACCAUACUGGAACUUUGCCGAGCAUUUGACCGGAUAUUCAAGGAGCAUUUAGAUGGCGGGCGACCAGGAGGAGAUAGGAUAUAUAAUGUCUUCGACAAUCAGCUGCCUGCUGCUUUACGGAAGCUCCCAUUUGACCGGCAUCUUUCUAUUCAGAAUGUAAGGAGGGUGGUAUCAGAGGCUGAUGGUUAUCAGCCUCACUUAAUUGCCCCGGAGCAAGGUUAUCGGCGCUUGAUUGAGGGGUCUCUCAAUUACUUUAGAGGCCCAGCUGAGGCUUCAGUUGAUGCUGUUCACUUUGUCUUGAAAGAACUUGUGAGAAAAUCAAUAGCUGAAACUCAGGAACUGAAGCGUUUUCCAACUGUUCAAGCUGAAAUAGCUGCAGCUGCAAAUGAGGCUUUAGAAAGAUUCCGUGAAGAGAGUAAGAAGUGUACAAUUCGGCUUGUUGACAUGGAAGCGUCUUACCUGACUGCAGAUUUCUUCCGGAGACUUCCCCAAGAAAUUGAGAAAACUGGAAGCGGAAAUACUCCUGCUGCAACAACUGUGGAUCGUUACUCAGAGGGCCACUUCCGGAGGAUUGCAUCAAACGUGUCAUCCUACAUAGGUUUGGUGGCAGAUACCCUCAGGAACACCAUUCCGAAGGCUGUUGUUUAUUGUCAGGUCAGAGAAGCGAAACAUUCCUUGCUAAACCAUUUCUACAUACAAAUAGGGAAGAAAGAGGGUAAGCAGCUUUCACAAUUGUUAGAUGAAGACCCAGCAUUAAUGGAGAGGAGACACCAAUGUUCUAAAAGGCUUGAACUGUACAAAGCAGCUAGAGAUGAAAUUGACUCGGUCUCAUGGGCACGAUGAUCUUGGUGUCUGUCUCAAUCACCUUGUAUUAUAUAGCUAAUAGAGAUUGAUUAUGGAUUACUUCAUAUUCUUUGUUUUUGGGAUAAUUUAGUGAUUUUUGUUUUUAUACUGUUGAUCAUAGGAUACUAUUAAUCACUUGUUUGUUUGGAGGCGGAUGUACAUCUAUGCAAACCCUCAACCUUCUCUGAUUUUAGUAUAUGAUUUUUUUU